AUGCGUUUCUCCACCAUCACUGCAGCCGGCCUGCUCGCCUCUGGCGCCAGCGCCCAGCUUCACGAGCUCGCCGUCGCCGCCGGCAAGAAGUACUUCGGCACUGCUGUCGACAACUCCGAACUCACGGAUACGGCCUACAUCGACAUCAUGAAGGACCCCAAGAUGUUCGGCCAGACCACGCCCGGAAACGGUCAGAAGUGGCAGUUCACCGAGAAGAGCCAGGGCGUCUUCAGCUACACCUCCGGUGACGAAAUCGCCGAAUUCGCCAAGACCAACAGUAUGAUCCUCCGCUGCCACACUCUCGUCUGGCACUCCCAGCUGCCCACUUGGGUCUCCUCCGGCACCUGGACCAAGGAGCAGCUGACCUCCAUCAUCGACACUCACAUUUCCAACGUGGCCGGUCACUACAAGGGCCAGUGCUACGCCUGGGAUGUCGUCAACGAGGCCCUCAACGAGGACGGCACCUACCGCGACAGCGUCUUCUACAAGGUCCUCGGAACCGACUUCAUUCCCAUCGCCUUCAAGGCCGCCAAGACUGCGGAUGCCGAUGCGAAGCUCUACUACAACGACUACAACAUCGAGCUUGCCGGAAACAAGCAGAAGGAGGUUCUCAACAUCAUCAAGAGCAUCAAGGAUGCCGGCGCCACCAUCGAUGGUGUCGGUCUGCAGGCCCAUUUGAUUGUCGGCAGCUCUGGCUCCCGUUCCGCCCUCAGCAGCGUUCUCCAGUCCUAUGUCGACGCCGGUGUCACCGAGGUUGCCUACACCGAGCUGGACAUCCGCCACAAGAGCAUCCCCGCCGACGCCACUGCUCAGCAGGCGCAGGCCACCGACUACGUCAGCGUUGUCGGCGCCUGCCUUGACGUCAAGGAGUGUGUGGGAGUCACCAUCUGGGGCUUCUCCGACAAGCACAGCUGGAUUCCUUCCGUCUUCCCCGGUACCGGUGAGGCUCUUCCCUGGGACGAGAACAUGAAGCCCAAGCCCGCCUACACUGCCAUCUCCAGCCUCCUCGCCGCCGCCGGAUCCGGUGGCUCUACGCCCGCUACCUCCGCGGCUGCCGUUGCCACCAGCGCCGCCUCUUCCGCCGCCCCCGCCGUUCCCACGAGCGAAGCUGCCGCCAGCGAGCCCGCUGCCGAGGCCACUCCCGAGAGCUCCGCUCCGGCCAUCACCUCUGCCCCCAGUGCCCCUGCUGCCACUCCCGCUCCCGCUACCACUCUCGUCACCAGCGUGAAGAGCAAGUGUGCCGGCGGCGACAACGCCGAGGCUGCUUCCAGCGCCCCUGCUGCUGCCGCUUCUGGUGCCGUUGGUGCUACUGCUGCUCGCUGGGCUCAGUGCGGCGGCAACGGCUUCUCUGGCCCUACCGCCUGCGCGACUGGUUUCACCUGCGUUAAGCAGAACGACUACUACUCUCAGUGCCAGUAA